CCAUGUACAACGAGCAGAACUGCCUGUUCCUGUUGGACGAAGAAGACACAGUGCAGUCGUACGAGGAGAAAGGGAAGGCCGCCCGUGCGCAGGCGCCCUCUGGCGACCCCCUCAUGUCGGCCCUGGGAUCGCUGGGACGUGUACAGCAGAUUGAAGCCAUUCAUGGCUACAACAACCUAAAGACGCAGCUGGUCGACUUCCUGAAAAAGUUUGCUGACAACAGGAAGGUCGUGAGAGAAGAAGACGUCCGAGAAUUCUUCAGCGGAAUGGAAGCCCGCAAGCGGCAGAAAACUUCCGCAGUUCCGUAUUUUUGUCGAUAGAAAGGCGCCUCGUUGUGGACUGUUCGACUCUUCGUGUUCAUUUGUGACUGGUGGCCGCGAGUUGCCGCAUCGUGUAAGCCUGAUCUGUGUGCAUGUACAUGCGUUUUAUCUUUUGACAUUGAACGGACGUUGCCGCCUGUAGUGCACAUUUUUCCGGACUACACCUGUGUUACCUCCCAUCACCCCACUGCAUGUUGUGUGCAUGCGACCAGUCGCGGCAGUAGCUAUGCGUAUUAGAAAUAAAAUUUGUUGUGUGCAAACGUC